AUAAUUAAAUCAAGUUGCCAGCUCAGUUAUACAAGGCUAUCCAUCUCACAGUGAAACCACCAGCAGUCGUAAUCAGUAGCACAUUAAUGCGAUCGCGAGAAAGAAUUUUACAUUUAAAGUGCUAGUAGUUCCAGUUAAUUGAAGAAAUUAUAGAUGACUCUACGAAGAAGAAAAACCGGUCUUAUUGUUACUAUAAUAACAUCAGGGCCAGUUUAUUCCAUCGUCAAAGUGAUUGAUUACGAAAAAACGGCCAUGGACACACUUGAGCCUUCGCAAAUCAUCGAUUACCUGCUGUGGACCAAUCAGCCGUCGUGUCAAAUGGCCCAGUAUUUCGUUGGGCGGAUGGUGACGUCGGCCGACGGACUCUCGGUGGCCCUGGACGGGCAGAAGGCCAUUUGCCUGGACUCUGCAGUGGCGCCAAUUCCGGAAACUGUCUCGUCUACUAGUUUGGCAUCAGCCACGAAUGGAGUUUCGACCAAGCCAUAGAAGUUAGAACUCUACGGAUGCCAAGUGUACGCCUUCGAUCCGUCCAUGAACGUGUCGGAUCACAACCGGACAGAGGCCAUCCAUUUUUAUCAAAUGGCCUUAGAAGACGUGGACAGGGAUGGAUGGAAUGAGGAGGCCAAUGUGCCGUCACGAACCUUGUCGUCCAUUUACAACAUGUUGAAGGCCCUCCCUGGUGGUGAUUCCAUCAUUGAUUAUCUCAAAAUGGACUUUGAAGCCACAGAGUGGCGGGUCUUGCCACAAAUCAUCGAGUCGGGGAUGAUGGACAAGGUGAGGCAGUUGGCCGUGGAGAUCCAUCUGGAUUACGACGAGUCUUUAAGUGUCUAUCGCCAGCAGGCCGGAAUUCUCCGGUCGCUGGAAGACUACGGAUUUACGGAAUGGUCCGCUUUGAUUCCAAGCGCAACAUGUUUACUGUGGUCGAUUUCACUCAGGUGCCAGGCAAUUUGGCGGCGGCAGUCGAUUAUGAAAUCGCUUGGUACAACAGCAAACUGU